AUAAAUAAUCUAUUUUAAAAGAAACAUGUACGUAUUAUGUAUUUAGAUAUCCAAGGAUAACCAAAUAUUCAAACACUCAAAUACUCUAAGGUUGUGACUGGGAAAUUUAGAGCAAAUAGGUGGAAAACAAAAAGGUUAAAAUGAAAGGAAAAAUAAAAGUAGAAAAAAGAGUAAAGUGGAGCAAAUGUAUUUACUCUUGUUUUAGUUAGAGUAAAAUUAUAUGUGUAUUUUACUCUCUUUUAACAGUGGUUAGAGGACUUUUAAUGUAAAAAAAAAACAGUGUUUAGAGGAAGUGGGAGAAAAAUGAUUUUCACUUAAUUGACUAAAAAUUAAAGUAGAAUAACUCAGCUGAAACAAUAUUUACUCCACUAAGUUAUCGCUAAUAAUAUUUUUCGGUCAAAGCCUAAGUUUAUACAAAAAUCCACAUGCUUUCUUUACAUAACCAGAACUUUCAGAAUAUCUAAUGCUUGGUCAAUUUCAAUCAACAUCAUUCUUUUUAGGUAAAACAAUAAGUCAAUAUAUAUUAAAAAAAAAGUCGAUAUAAUAGGAAGUUUGGGAAUAUAUCCCACAGCCAACCCUAGACCCUUAUACUUCCCCUAAUUAAUUUCUCAAUCUGACUCCAAUCCAAAACAAAACCAAAAAAAAAAAGAUAAGCAAAGAACAAAAUGGAAGUCCCGUUUCUAAACAAGAAAUUUUCAUCUUCAUCUUCUUCAAAUUCAAAUUCAUCAUCAUGGGCUUGGCCUUCUUGUCACCAAAACCCUAGAACCAUAUCUUUCAGAGCCACCAGUAUCGCAAACAACUAUUACGACGUUGAAGAGGAAGAGGAAGAGGAAGAGGAAGAGGAAGAGGAAGAGGAAGAGGAAGUGGAAGAGGAGCCACUUUCUGCCAUCAUCUUAUCAUCCUCAUUCUCCUCCACAUCAUUCACGGCUGACGGCAUAGAAGAGCUGCCAGAGACCGAGUCCAUAGAGAAUGUGAUCAAAGGUAUUAAACCAUCAGAAAGACUCAUUUUCGAACGAACAGGAAAAUCCAAAUCUAUACUCGAAGAGAUGAGGAACAAGGAUUCAUGCUCUUAUCCGUGGAAUCAAUCCACCUUUUCUACAAUUUCAAAUGAUUCAUGGUGGAGAUGGUUGAGGUACACACCCUUCAUCACAGCUAGAGAAGCCUCACAAUGUAUCAUGAAGACGACCAAAUAGAUAUAUGACAUGUACAAAGGCUUGAUACGUCGUAAACAUGCAUGCACAAUUGAGAAUCUACAAGAGUUGCGUCUAGAGAGAUUGCAUAUACGGACCCAAUAGAUCUUUUCGGAGGUUUCAUCUCAUGCCAUAUGAACAGUUAGUAUACUUGUGAGCUCUUCUUCUUUAUUUGCUUCCAGUGCGUGUGAUUCAUGUUGGUAAUAUAUUUUUAAAUUGAUCUAUUUUGUAUUUGUCCAUUUGUCAAUACAAAAAUUAAAAUUUCUUUCCGAAAA